CUUUCUCGUGGACGGAUACCAAGUGAGAUCCCGAGCGAUAGAUUCAACAUAGAUGCGUGCGGAGUGAAUAUCAGUGAGGUAUCUGCCACACAAGGCGCGUUCUUGAAAGAUUUACAUUUAUUCGAUCCUAGAAUCACCAGUAAAGACGCCAGGAUGAUAACGAUUGGAAUGCGAAAGCUCGCCGAGCUGUCGCUCCUGGCUUUGUUGGACUCUGGAAUUGACUAUCAAGGAAAGAAUGUUGGCACUUGCAUGGCGAGUGUAGCUUGGAUGAUUUCUGACUAG